GAUUUCUAUCGGUGUGGAAUAUACAAAGAAUAAAAUGCAUUUAUGCUUUGUUCAGAAGAUAACCUCUUUGAAUGAAAAUGGUUGAGGAUAUUAUCAUCGAAAACUGAUAAUUUCUUUGAAAUAUGUAUGUUUAUACAUUGUUUUAUGUAUACUUAUGUAAACAGAUAAAGAAGUAAUUACUGAAAUAUGCAUAUAUGCAAUUUAUAUGUACGCGUAUAUAUAUAUAUAUUUUUUUAAUAUAAAUAUAUAUUGCGUAUGAAUAAUAUCAUUACGUAAUGGCCUAUACAUAUGUAUAAGAAGCCACGUGAUUUUAUUAGUUUUAAAUAUUAUUGAGAGAUGGAGACACUAGCAGAUGGAAGGCGGGCAUGUCAGAGGGGGAAGGAUUGCUCGUGCUGUUUGAUGUAAUGCCGUGUUAGAAGCAUCUGAUAAACUGUAAACCAGUCAAGUCCCUUUGCUGCUCCAAGACACACACUCAUAUACAAAAUCCAUAAAUGCUAUGUUGCAUCGAGGCCGAUUAGAUAGACACCAAUCGCAACAUUCUUUUGUGGUGCCACUACAUCAUCAUUAAAAGUUACUAAUAUAUUCUAAUACACAUGAACAUCUAUAAAUGCUUAAUUCAGAUGCUAGCACUCUUAUUGUCCAAGAUGCUUCAUAAAAUGUCAAAUGAAUCCCAAUUGAAGUAAACACAUGCAAUGAAUGAAAAUGACAUCCACAAAGGCUGAAGGAACAUUUACAAAUUCUUUGCAGCAACAAUGUCCGAUUACAUCUAAGAUAGAAAAUUCUAAAUCUGUGAACACACAAAUAAAAGAUAAAAAGAGCAUCACAGAUGCAGAUACUAAAGGUAUCAUUAAAAAGAAAAAUGAAGCUACAGACUGUGAUGCAGAGAAGAUGGAAAACGAGGAAGAGGUGAUUAUUUUAGAAAGGAAUAAGGAAGAAAUUAAAUGUAACAUAGAUAAAGUAGAGUGUGUUCAGAAUAUAGAAAAGUCAGAUGUACUUACUCCUGUGUCAAAAAACAAUCCUAGAAUUAAUAAGAAUUCAAGCACAAAAGAAACACCUACAAUCAAAAGUGCAAAUAAUUUAAAAAGAAAACAACGGAAUUUAAUUGUCCAAGAGGCGGAGUCACCCUCCGAAGAAAACAACUUGAGAAGUAAACGAAAGAAAAGAAAUACGAAUGAUAGAUUUUGUUGGCGUUGUCACAAAGAAUCUGUAGAAGCCCAUUGUAGUGCGUGUCCUCGGUCAUGGCAUCGCAAAUGUAUAGGAAUGCAGUCCACAUCUAUCCAAAAUUGGAUAUGCGGGGAAUGUGCAGCUAUUUUGCGAGCAGAAAAUGCAGAGACACGUUCCACAGCAAUGGCACAAUUGUCGGUGGAUCAGUUGUGUUUAUUAUUAAAACAUGUAGUUGAGAGAAUGAGAGAGUAUCCUGGUUCGGAGCCAUUUUGGAAACCAGUAGAACUUUCGGAUGCUCCAAACUACAUGGAUUAUGUGGUGAAACCGAUGGAUUUAAGCCUUUUAGAAUCAAACGUGCGUGCCAAGCUGUACGGCAGUACAGACGCAUUCAUGGCUGACGCUAAAUGGAUACAACAUAAUUGUAUUGUAUUUAAUACAUGUGGCGGCGUGUACACGGAUACAUCGAAAUUGACGAAUGCAGCAAAGCAGAUGAUUAAAUUGGCUCGUCAGGAGGUUUCCGAAAUUGAGGCUUGUCCCGAUUGCUAUGCUCAUGGAAGAAACCUACCAAGACCACAGCCGUCAUGGUUUAUUGAACCUUGUCGUCGUCCACAUCCUCUAGUGUGGGCCAAACUGAAAGGUUUCCCCUUUUGGCCGGCGAAAGCUAUGCCUCGCAUAAACUCACAAGGUUUCGUAGACGUACGUUUCUUCGGGGAACACGAUCGUGCUUGGGUACCACCGCGAGAUUUAUACUUGUAUUCCGAAGACCCGCCCGUUCCGUUGCCGCGUAAGAGAAAAUUAGACAUGGAAGAAUGUGUUCGAGAAAUCACUCGGCACUGCCGGAAGCUUGAACUCGUGUUCGGCCAGUUCAAGUUUGCGCCUCCCAAAGUGCAAUAUAAUCCACACGAUCCCAUGCAAAUUAAAUUAAUGUUACCGAAUUACGAUCCUCUUCGUUCGAACAAUUAUCCGCCAUCGGAGUUUCUAACUCCCAAGAAGAAACCGUUCCUUAAAAAACGGCUACAUGGAAAGGUAACAAAGUCGCAGAGUGAUUCGGAAAAAACUGACAAUUCUGACACCGAGAACAAAACAUCGACGGAAUGUGAUCCAAGCCCCGAAAGUAACAAAGUCGACGAUAAACUGCCUAAAGUACAAGACCCCGAACGAUCCAGUGAAGUUGAAUUGAUCUCAGUUUCAAGCAACGGUUCCAAUACAUCUAUGAAUUCAAACGAGUCGAUAGUGAAAGAAGAGGACACAAGCAUAGACAAAAGCACGUUUGCAAAUUCGACAACGACGAACGAGGAGGAUUCGAAACCUGGCUCAAGCAAGAUUGUAGUCAAUCCAAACAAUGGAAAUGAAAAGGAUGCGUUGAGAAAGGUCGAUUCAAGUAAAUCGAAUGCUGUAAUAACGGAACAAAAUAAUAAUGCUGGAAAGUUAGCGAACGAUAGUACGAUAUUAUUAGAAAGCUUACUGAAAGAAGAACCAAAAGACGUUGGUAAACACUCGACAGACGAGGUUCACGUGAUCAAAAAAGAAUCUUCUCUGUUAAAAGCUCACGCCAAUAAAAGCGAAACGAAUCAGUGUUUUACAAACUCGUUGCAAAAAAGUAAUUUGAAGGUGUCGAAGCCGGUAGGGAAAGUUUAUAAACCGAAAACCAGAAUGGUUGAUAAAGUAAAUGCCGAGAAAGCUUUGAAGUCUUCUGGAAGUGAGGAAAGUCAGAUUUUAGUUAAGCAAAUCGACGCAAUGUCGUUGAAGGGUUCUUCAAAGCAUUCUGAUAGCGAUGUUUUAUCGUCGUCGUCCGUUUCGAUAUCGCCCGGUAACAAAGCUCGAGCUAAUGAAGCUGAAACUGCUCAAAUAUCUAAACAAAACGCUGUAUUGUCAUCUGCGUUACUUUUUGUUAUGAAUAAUGGUACUUUCGAUGCUACUGCGAAAAAAUCUAUUGGUAGCUCAUCGAUAUCCGAGAAGGAAAGAAUCGAUGAUGUUUCAACGAUUCAACAGAGGCAAUCGGAUCCGGUGCAAAUCUCGCAUCAAAAAAAGGAAAGCAAAGCUCGAAAAUCACUUCCUAAGACUCGUGCUUGCCCGCAGCUUAUUCCACACUCGUCGGCAAGUUUGUUGUCAAAUUCGAUUGACUCUAUAGUUUAUAAUAUGCCUGCACAUCAGACAGAAAAUGGUACGGAGUAUCAAAUGCUUCCUCCGGAAGCAGGGCCAGUAAGUGCUCGCUUGUAUCACGGUGCUCAAGAUUUGGCCAGGAAAAUGGCUCAGUUAAUGGAGGAGGCGUAUAAAGAAGCAGCUCGAGGAAAUCAAAAUAGUGAGAGUACAACGUCUGAGAAUCAUCAGGCAACUGUUCAUUUUCUACGAUUGCAAAUAGAACGUAUGAGAUGGCAACAUCAACAACAAUUAGCUGAACUAAAGCACAACACCGAUCGAAUACUAAGGGAAAUGAAAGCAAGUUUGGAAGCCGAAAGGCUACGAGCUAUUGAAGAAACUCGCAAAGAAGCUGAGGAAGAGAAAUUGCGUUGUAUCGAAGAUAUUAAACGCAAACAAUGGUGUGCAAUGUGUGGUCGUGAAGCAGUGUUUUACUGUUGUUGGAACACGGCGUACUGCGACUAUCCUUGUCAACAGUCUCAUUGGCCAACGCAUAUGAGAACAUGCGCUCAGAAACCUUCGUUUACUACUAUCGUCACCAGCUCUGCUGCGAAUGCGAAUCAGCAGCAGGUGAUGCCACGACUUAUGAUAAAUACUCAACAUGUGACGUCAAAUAUAUGGAGGGCCUAGAGCGCAUCCGUGUAAGUCCUUAAAAACGGAGUCACGAUUUUCAAGCAUAAACUCUUAAUCUCAAACUUUUUUCGUAAUACCCUAAUACACUCCAUCUCCGUCGCCUUCGCAUUUUGUGUUUACAUGUAACACAAAAUAGUACUUUGUACAACAGUUUUUAUAAUGUAAAAAUGCAAUCAACAAAAAAAAAAAUAAAAAAAAAUAAAGAAUAUUUAUUCACAGAGCCUACCGUGCGCUAAUAACAUGAGUGACUGCCUUUAUUUCGUUUAUAUUUAUUCAAUGUUAAGAAAGUGCAAUGUUAUAUGAGUAUUAGAAAAAUCGAAACGUUCAACUUACACUGGAUAUGCUUUUGGACCCUUCAUACUUUUAAGUUACCAUUCCAAUAAUCAUAUGGCAAAGGAAUUUACUAACACAUUGGCGUGUACAAAUUUUGUCUAUCUUAAGGGGCUGUUCUCGGAUCUUUGCAGUUUAAAAUUUGCUGAACUAUAUUUUUUUAAAUUGGACAAAUUAUAAUUUAAGUCAAUAAGUAGUGGAAUCAUUGACCCGUGAAUUUCUUUCACUGUCUAGAAUAAGAUCAUGAUAUUAGCUGAAAAGUCAGAAUGCCCCCUUAAUGCAUUACUUCGAAAAUCCGUCCGACGUGUUAUAAUCAGGUAAGAAACUAUUACGGUUUCAGAAAAAGACUCCACAUCGGUUAUCAGAUCGAGCUAGGUGACUAGUAACAAAGAAAGAUAUCAAGCAAAUGAAGUAGAACACUAGAUGGCGUCAAAGUGUGUUGCAUAUCAGGAAAAUUUUGCCAAUACAUUGGUUUAUGAUUUAUGUGAAUCCAAUACUUUUGUGAUAUAUGUAGUUGAUCUAUUAUUAACAACAUGUCAAAAUAUUCCUAGGGAAUAUCGAAGUAUAAUGCUUCGCGUCUCUUUUACUCUAAAAUAUUUGUUUCAUUUUGUACUUGCGUUCGACUCAUCAGUUCGAUUCGAAUCGAUAGAAACAAGUAGGAAGGAUACAAAAAAAAAUUAAAAUACUUUCCAGUUUCAAACUAGCCGUAAGUAGUCAGAAAAGAGUACAUGUACAAACGUAUAUAUACAUACACAUAUAUUCAUUUCAGAAUCAAAAUGAUAGCACGAAUAAUCGUGCUGACGGAAUGUAUGUCCUAUCGUGUAACAAACUGUAUGAAGUAUCAGAAUCUGUAUCUUUAUUCCAUGACAAAAAUGAGAUGAAUGAUUUUAUAAAAAAAAUUAUAUUUUUCUUUAUGUUAUUAGAAGGACUGUUGAAACGAAUAAGAUUUUGAUUUAAAGGUCCGUCGAAAAAUUAAAAGACUACCUAUAAACGUUAUUCUGUGUACAUAGAUAAAAUUGUUAAUAUUCAUACAGACGUAUGAAAGUGAAGUAUUCUAAGAUUUACUGAAUAUGGAGUAAAUGAAUAAGUAAUGAGCAAUAAAUAAAUACAUAUUACUUUCUA